AUGGUGAGCAAAGAGCCCAACCACCCGCUCACCGGCCAGGCCAACGGCAAGAGCGCCUUGGCGGACAAGCUUCCGGGCGCCAUGACGGUCCGCUCGGUGCUGCUCAACCGGGACUCGCCGGACAUCGAGAGCCGCCUGAAACGCCGCCGAAACCGCACCCACCAGGUGCGCUUCAAGGACCUGGAGGACGGCAGCAGCAGCAGCGGAAACAGCGGGACGGGCGAGAACAACGGCCACCCGAGGCCCUCCGCGGACCCCCUCCGGAAGCCGGGCGGCGGGCGUCCGCAGCCGUGGGCCGCCGGGUCUAUCGCCGACGGCCUGCCGGGCCAGACCUCGGUGGUGGGGGCGGUCCGCGGGGACAUGGCCAGCACCAUAGAGAAGGUGGCGGCGUUCCUAGCCCGGGCGCCGCCUCACCCGCUGACGCCCGGCCCCACGCGCCGCUGCUGGGCGCCCCCGCAAGCUAACUCCCUGACCUUACCGAUGACCAGGAGGCCCAGUACCAGCACCAGCACGGGCAUCCAGACCUCCCCGUGCCUCCGGAAACACCAGGCGCUUUCUUCCGCCCGAACGGGGAGUCACAACGUCGGGGACUCGGUCGGCGUGGACGGGGACGACGAACACGACUCCCAAGACGAAUACCUGACGCACAACCACGUGUCGCUGCCCGGGUCCAGAGAUCAGAGCAGACCAACGACCCCGGUGGACAGAACCGUGGUGGAAAGGAGGUCCAAAGCAACGAGGGCCGACUGUAAGUCGGCCGUGACCGUCAAAAGCUCCAGACACAGCUGCCCGCCUUCCGUCCUCCACAUCGGCGAGCCUCGCCACUGCUCGUCGGUACCCAGCCGAGAGGGCGCCAAGCGGCCAGGGAGCAGCACGCCCGCGGUGGUCCGGAGGAGAAAAAGACUAAACAGAACAUCGAGCGAUCCCGGAAAGGAGGUGCACUACUGCACCACCCCCACACAGACUGACAGCCCGUGUCCAUCCCCCCCGCCUUCGAACGCCAAACUCUGUACCACACAGGUCCAAACCGAGAGCCCUUUCCAGCCCCCGGACUCAAACUCAAAGUACCACACUGCCCAAAGCCAAACUGAGAAUCAACACCGGUCGCCAGCUUUGAGCGAGGAGCAACGCACAACCCAAGUGGAAACCAACAGUCCUUCUCCGGCCCUACCUCCAGCUGUCCAGCCCUGCGAUUCCCAGACGCAAAAAGACUCUCCCGGUCACUCCCCUCCGAAUCGAGAGCCUGGCACCCCCCCACCUUCGCCCGCAUCGCCCAUCUCAGAGCAAAUUCAGCCUGACAGCCCAUCUGCAACCCGACCCGCCCCCACUGCUGAAACAAAGACCGUGCCUUACUGUAACUCUCCCCCUCCAGCUAGCGCGCCGUUUGACCACGCAAAGCCACCCUGCUCCUCUCCUUCCAAGCCAGCUAGCAUCCCCCUUUCUCCACCCGAAGCCCCAUGUUUGCCGUCCUCCACCUCGGCACCUCCUGUGACCCAAUGCCAGCCCCCCCCAACAACCCCAAACACAACGGUUGUCGGCUCUUCUCUGGCUUCAAAUGCACCGACAUGCCCCAAGCAAAUCCCUACAGCAAACCCAGCACCGUCCUUUUCCUCGACCGGCUCAACGUCCACCCCAACUGACCCCGUCACGCAUCCCGUCACCCCUCCAAACAUCACGCACGAGCAGACGUCGAGCGUGUCGAACGCCUCGUCUCCCUCCCCCCCAACGCCCUGCACAUUCGUGACUCAGACCGCCCUGUCCUGUACUUCCAUAUCGUAUUACACCACCACACAUCCGGCCUGUCCCCACGUGCCCCAUUUGAAUUCAACGUCCCCCUCUUAUGCCACCAUCAUACAAACCGUGUCCCACUGUAACAUCCCGUGUCAAGCUCUGCAAAGCAACUCCCCCGUCAGCACAGGCAUAACCCCUUACUCCUCCCCAGUCCCGAAGCUAAAAACUUGCACUUCUCCGCCCCCUCUCGUAAAAACCUACGUGUCAACUCUUCAGGGCGCGCCAACUUGUCCGACACCAACUAAAGCUGUUCCUCUGUACUCGUCGACAUUUCGUGCAGCGCCCCCGUACACCCCCCCUUCUCAGGCCCCCUACAAUGCUCAGGACAAGAGGGGCAUUCGACUCCCACCUCCCCCUCCGCCGCCUCCACCUUACACACCGAGGAAAAAGGGAAGCGAGCCACAGGGUAAAGCAGUCCGAACACCCAUGCUCAGGGCGGAGAGCAAGGCCGGCGAGAAGGAUAAAGAUAAAGAGCGGGAAAAGGAGAAGAAGGAGGAUAUGAAACGCAAAGACUCGCCCAGGCUCUGUGAGAGAGCCAGCUCUCUGAAGCACAGAGCUCAAACCCCGCCAGUUGCUGUGAUGAAAGGGGAGAGGCGCUCCUCGGCUUCCUCCCCUGCCAAGGCCUGUUUCAAGCCCAGCUGUCUCAGUUCGGCCCAGGCUCAGCUUGGGGUGCUCCACAAAAUGCUCUGCUCGGGAGCCAACGCUAGGCCCAACACGCCCAACAGCCAACACACUCUUCCUCAAAACCAGCAGGGUUGUUCGGGGGCCAGGGGCUGCUCUGCGUCCGGGGAUCGGCCCACGGCCGGGCCUCUGACUCCCACCCAGGCCGACACUCUGAGGCAGGUCCAGGAGAUCCUGGGAGGGUUGAUGUCCGGGGCCAGGUGCAAACUGGACCCGUCGAGGGUGACCGAGAAGCUCCUGAGCCCCAACGGACCCCUGCACGACAUACGUAGCCUGCAGAACCAGCUCCACAGCCUGGAGGGGGUCCUGGAGACCAGCCAGAACACCAUUAAGGUCCUGCUGGAUGUCAUUCAAGACCUUGAGAAGAAGGAAGCAGAGAGAGAUGGGUGA